AUGAGCGCGAAGAAGUGUGCACGAGAAGAAUGCGGGAAAACGGUGUAUCCCAUAGAAGAACUCAAAUGUUUAGACAAGGUUUGGCAUAAAGGGUGUUUCAAAUGCACUGUGUGUGGUAUGACAUUAAAUAUGAAGAAUUACAAAGGCUACGAUAAAAUGCCUUACUGUGAACCGCAUUACCCCAAGACUGUAGCCUCUGUCGUAAUGGAUACACCUGAAAUGAGACGUGUGGCAGAAAAUACCAAGAAUCAAAGUCAGGUGCAAUAUCACGCUGCUUAUGAGAAGACUAAAGGAACCAAAAUUGAAGUGGCGGACGAUCCUGAAAUGGAACGGCAUAGAAAAAAUAUGCAGGCGCAGUCGCAAAUCGCUUAUACUGGGGAAUUAGACAAAAGGAAAAAGAUGGAAGAGGUCCGCCCAACUUUUGUGCCUGCUGAAGCUUCUGCACAACCUCAACAACGUGUCGUUGGCAGUAUUGCUGAUUAUGAUCCUUUGAACGGAAGUUGGGGUACUGCUGCUCAAUCGAAUGCCAACGAAACAAGCAGUUCUGAAACCCGGUACUGUCUCGAUUUUACAGAGAAAAACGCUGCUAAAUCCCUUUCGCCAGGCGGAAACGCUGGAUUUGCUGUGAAAGCAAUCUAUGACUACACGGCUGCUGAUAAGGACGAGGUAUCGUUUUUGGAAGGUGACAUCAUUGUGAACUGCGAGAAAGUCGAUGAUGGCUGGAUGACUGGGACUGUUCAACGCACAUUGCAAUGGGGUAUGCUGCCUGCAAACUACGUUCAGCCACACAAGUUGCCUACUGGACUAGCCAGAUUUAAAUGA